UAACCCAUGGGGAAGGCCUGGGGGAGGUGGAUGACAGGUAAAAAUAGCAUGGUAAUGGGGAGGCCGGGCCCUUCCUCGCUGGCAUUAAGACUUGCGCAGCCAAACUCAUACCAUGGAUUCCAUUACGCCUCUUUUCUCCAUGAAUUUCCAUUGACAGGGGUGGCCGUGGGCGGUGGCAGGCCCUCCACUACAGUUUGGGAGGAGCAUGUGGAUGAGGAAGGUGGAUGUGGCCUAUUUCAUCCACCUUUUAGGAAAUUGUCACAAAACGAGAUCAUGUUUUGCUGCUCUCGUGCUGCCAACCCUUCCGACUCGCACCUAUUUUGGUUGGCAGGCCUGGUAACAGCAUGACCCAUCGGCUCACCACUCCGUUUGAAGUAGACUUAAUCCUGGGUAGUCAGUUCCUGCCGGCGUUGGCCACUGUUGACCGCGAGAACGGAGAGCCUGUGGCCCGCGUCGGUGUGCUGCAGUGCCGACGGUGCAGUGCCAGCUUCCUGCAGGUGAAGGAGGCCCUGUCCCACUACCGCCUGCACAUCUUUGAGACGCACAAGGAGCACUUCACUGUGGUGGUGGGCGGUGCGUGUCCCCUGCCAGGCUGCGUGCUUGGGGCAGACAAAAACCCCACUAUACACUUCCACUGUGCCUACUGCAGCUUUACUUCCACGGAGAUCAUGGACUUGCCGCUGCACAUGGAGAAACGCCACCUGGCCUUCUACAGGGAGGUGAGCCUUGUGCUACGCGGCGACGACAUACAGCGGACCAAGGUCUACACAUGCGGGGAGUGUGGCAUCAAGAUCCAGGGCACCGUGUCCAUCGUGCGGCACCUCCUGGCGCACGACAAUGACACACAGCAACAUCAACAGCAGCAGAAGGGGGCCGGCAGUGUGUCUCUCGUCAAUGGGGGCACUGCGGUAGGGGAGGGGGGUGGGGAUGAUGAUGCCGUAGGAGUUAUUAUGGUGAACGGGGACGGUAAAUACGACGGCAGCGACUUCAGCAGCGGAAGGGACGGGAACGGGAACGCGGUGUUUUACGUGACGACCGGCGAUAACGGACUCGUCAACGGGUGCGAGGAGGAGAAGAACCUCGGGAACGGCAUCACCAUCAAGGGAAACGACGACGGGAUAGACUCGCACUUCAUGAGGAGUCUCGCCGUGCAUUCUAUAGACGCCGCGACGCUCAACAACAACGGAACAGCGCCUCAAACCACGCACAUAGACCCUGACCCCUUGGAAAUAUUACCGGGGGAGUUAGGCAAUAUCGCAAUGACUCAGCCGCUUCACGAGAGCAUGCAAGUCGAAAUCAACCCUCUCGACAUACUCACGACGGUUAUGGAGGAGGACCAACGUAGCGACAACCCAGUCUUCCCGCCCGAGCACUUCCUCCUGACCCUCCCAGCGCCGGCACACUUCCUCGAGGGCGCCGGUGAUCCAGGGCCACAGGAGGAGAUGUUGGAGGGGCCGCAGGAGAGCCAGGAACAGGAGGAGGAUGCGGGAAGUAUAGAGGGGUAUGGGGAUGUGCCGAGUGAUAUUCUGCUUGAUCAUCCUGGUGUGUAUAACUGCGAUAAGUGCGAGGAGAUGUUCCGCUAUCAACACCAGCUGGUCUCACAUAAACACCAGGUUCACCAGUCGCUCGAGGCCCAGUACGAAUGUCAGGUGUGCGGUCUGGAGUUCCCGGUGGUGCAGGAGCUCAAGAGGCACAUGGUCACACACGCCGGCUCGGUCCUCAUCUCCUGCGGCGUGUGUGGGCAGACCUUCCCCGACAGACCCUCGCUUAAGGCUCACACUGUCACGCAUGGAGGAUCGACGGAGCGGUCCAACAAGUGUGAGUCCUGCAGCGUCGAGUUCGCCUCCAAGUCUGAGCUGACACGGCACAUCGUGAAGUACCAGGGAACUUGCAACCCCAACAAGAGUGAGGGCGUGCGCUGUGCUACAUGCGGGGAGGAUCUGCCCACGCUGGAGGCCCUGAAGGUACACCGACGCACGGCCCACCCCACCCCUGAGGUCACCCCGGGCUCUGGCAAGAAGGGCUUUGAGUGCGACUACUGCGGCAAGACCUUCAACUGCCGAUCCAAUCUGCGUGACCACCUGGUGGUCCACACGGGGGAGAAGCCGUACCCCUGUGACAUCUGCGGCAAGUCCUUCAGCUUCAUCCACAACAUGAAGACACACCGCCUCACCCACAACGAGGGGCGGAACGAGGUCUGCCCAUACUGCGACAAGGCCUACAAGAGCAAGAUAUCCCUCUACUACCACAUGAAGAAGGGGAACUGUAAGGGGCUGUCCACGAAGGAGGUGCCGGAGGGUUACCACCGUUGCACCGAGUGUCUGCAGAUGUUCGCCAGUGAGGAGCGUUACAAGAUCCACAAGGACAAGGGCCACUGCCAGGUCUCCCAUCGCUGCCAGCACUGUGGUCUGCGAUGCUCCACCGAAGUCAGGCUACACAACCACCUGCAGAAGGGCCUGUGUCUCAAGAAGGAGUCCCCCAGCAGCACCUCCGACAACCCACCGAAGCGUCGCAGAGGGCCGAACAAGGAACGCGAGAAGCCACAAGAGGAGAUCGUUUGUGACCGCUGUAACUACACCAAGGACUGCUGCUGCACCUUCUCCUGCAAGCACUGCGGGAAACGAGUCUUCUCCAUCAUGGCGUAUACGAACCACCAGGACAAGACGUGUUCGGUCCUUAAGCAGCGGAGGGAGCGUAUCCGAAUGGCCAUCAUGGAGAAACGGAGGCGGAGGGAGGACCCGACCUUACCCCCAUUGCCAGACUCGGCGCUCCUACUCCCCGAGACCCCAGUGCAUAAUUCGGGGAGGUUCGCCCUACAGCGGAACCUCAUGCGGGACUCCAGCCGGCAUUCAGUCAUCCGGCAACUCGUAAAAAGGUCAUCCUCGUCGACGCCGGAGGAGAGAAAGGUCAAGGUCGUGAAAGUAACUCAGUCGAAAAUUGAGACGCUGUUUGGCGCCGCACCGACCCCCAAGCCAAGCACUCCUACCACUGCCACCACCCCUACGCCACCACCCUCCACCACUACCACCACUAUGACAAGCGCACCAGCAGCCCCCGUCACCACCACAGUGCAGGAGGAAGGCGAGGGGGAUGAUAGUAGUUCGGGUAGCCUAACGGACCUCUCUACUUUCACGUCGCCAAAUAUUCUGCAGCCAGUGACCCACGCAGGCGAGUGAGGUGCUGCCGCCUGGUGCCGAGAUGAAACACUACCACCAGCGCCCUCUUGCUAGCCUAAUGGGUCUUUGCACGAGGAGCCGGCACCUCUUAACUUGUCAGGGAUGUGCGUGUAUGUGUCUUGUGUGUUUUGGGACCUGUACACACACACACACAUGCAUGCUAUACACCUCUUUCUGUGACUAUGUGUGGUUUAAGGGGAUGUGUAUGGGUGUGUAUAAACUGGUUGCACCCCUUAUGACAUUGCUUACACCCCCUGCCACCAUAAAUAAAGAUGGAGACAAAGAAGAGGGGAAUGUGAUAUGGAGGAUGCGUAUGUGUAAACAGUAGCCGCUCACACCCCUUACCAUGAAGACAUCAGGCUAGGGGGAUGCGCUCUAACAUGGCAGGAAACAACGCACACACCCCAUGCAUAGAAAGGCCGGGGGGAUAUGUAGAAGUACAGAACGGUAGAACAUAUGCUGACACCCCUGACCGUAAAACAUCUGACUAGUGGUAUGUGCUUGUGUAUAAAAUGGCUAAUGUUUGCACCCCUUACCAUGGAAAUACUGGCUUAGGGGGAUGUGCAGAGUUAUUAAAUGUCAGAACCUAAUGUUUGCACCCCUUACCAUGAAAAUACUGGCUUAGGGGGGAUGUGCAGAGUUAUAAAAUGGAGGAACCUAAUGUUUUGCACCCCUUAUAAUGGAAAUACUGGCUGAGGGGGGAUGUGCAGAGCUAUUAAAUGUCAGAACCUAAUGUUUGCACCCCUUACCAUGAAAAUACAGGCUUAGGGGGGAUGCGUAGAGUUAUAAAAUGUCAGAAAGUAGCGCAAACACCUCUUCCCGUGAAAAUAUUUGGCUUCGGGGAGAUGCGUCAAGUAGAAAAUAGCAAAACUUUAUCCUGACACCCCUUAUGGAAAACGUCUGUCCCAGGGAGGAUGCGUAUGAAUGAUAAAAUGAUGAAAUACCCCUUACUCUGCGGAUCCCUGGCCUGGGGGGUGAAGGGGGGAUGUGUACAUAUAUCAGUGACUGCUGCUGAAUAGUCACACCCUCACACAUCACCCCCAUACGAUCAGCCGUAGUGGGAUGUGUAUAUGUGUUUUUUUGGCAUUAUGUCACACCCCACCCCUUAUGACACCAGGAACAGUGACGGUGGGAUGCGCAUGAGUGUGCUGCGAUAUUACGAACAUACGAUUCACCUCCUCUACGACGAAGCUGAAGGGGGGAUGCGUAGAAUGUAUCCGGACGUUAUGUGAUAUGCGCACCCCUUACGACGAGGAAUGAUGGCUGAAAGAGGGAUGUGAUGGUGGGCGUUCAAUCCCUUUACGACGGAACGAAAGGGGGUAUGCGUGGAGUGUGCCCUGAUGUUAUGUGAUACUCGCACGAGAGGGAUGUGUUAUAGGGGUGGAGAGAGACAGCUGAGGUUACGGUUCGCCAAAGACACGGAACACCAGUUGACGCGGCGAUUACGAAACUCAGACACGCAACACUCGACACCCAAAACCGAGCUUGUGUUAGUUUGCAUCUAGCGGGCGGAACUCUAGUUGACGCAGCGAUUACGAAACUCAAACACGCAACACUCAACACCCAAAACCGAGCUUGUGUCAGUUUGCGUCGGGCGCCGUUACGAACAGGCAUACGACACUGUUACGAGAGGUCGGGCGUCGUCGUGAACAGGCUUACGACACUGUGUUACGAGAGGAGGUGAUACGGCAGGUGUUUACGUACGUCCUCGGUUUCGUACUCACAGACACUUAUCUCCAUGUACCUGACUUUUCUGAGUGCCAAAGAAAGGCUUGUGUCGAGAGGUGGCGGGAUGGUGGUGAUGGCAGAAAGAGAGAGAGAGAGUGAGAGAGAAGGGAGAUUGAUUUUGAAGAAGGAAAAGUGCGAUUGAGGAGAAAAAAAGAGGAGAAUAAGAUAAAGAAGAUGUGGAGAAAAAGUGGAAGGUGGCAGAUAAAGUGAGAGAGAAGGGAGAUUGAUUUUGAAGAAGGAAAAGUGAGAUUGAGGAGAAUAAGAUAAAGAAGAAGAUGUGGAGGAGAAGUGGAAGGUGGUGGAUAAAGAGUAUAUGGAGAAAGAUGAAUGAGUGGAAGAGAAAAAAGUACCGUAGCAUAAAGGAAGAAGAGAAUGGUGGCAGAGAGAGAGAGCGAGAAAGAGAGAGAGAGAGAAGGGAGAGGGUGAUUGAAGAGAUAAAGGAAGGGAAGUAAGAUUAGGAGGAAGAGGAAAUGUUGGAUAAAGAAGGAGAUCAAGGAAGUAGAAAAGGAGGAAGAAGAGGAGGAAGAGGAAAAGGAGAGGGUGGAUAAAGAAGAGGAAGGAAGGAAUAACACGGAAGAGAAGGAAGGAGUUAAAGAACACAAAAAGGAGAAGAAAGAAGAGAAGGAGAUCAAGGAAGUAGAAGAGGAGGAAGAAAAAGAGAUGAUGGAUUAAGAAGAAGAGAAGGAAGGAGAAAAAGA